AUGGGAGCCAAGAUCGCUGACGCUAAGGCCAAGCCUUUACCCCCGGGGGUCUAUACUCCAGUGAUCACACUCUACGAUGAUACUCCAGCCCAGCCCGUGAAUCUUGACGCCAUGUACACGCAUUGCCAAUACUUGGUAAAUAGUGGCAUGCAUGGCUUGGUAUACUUAGGCACCAAUGGAGAGCUGGCGCUUUUGACCCAUCAAGAGCGACAAAACAUUAUCCGUACCGCUCGCAAGGCAGUGACUGACCUGGGGUUGCCUGAUUACCCUAUAGUCGCCGGUAUCAGUGCACAGAGCACCUUUGAGACGAUACAGUUCGCAAAGGAGGCUGCUGAGGCAGGUGCUGGUUGGGGAUUGCUUCUGCCCCCGAGUUACUGGGCAAAGGCCCUGACGUCCGAUGCUCUGAUCGCAUACUAUCGUGAUGUUGCGGAUGCUAGCCCCAUCCCGGUCGUUGUCUACAACUUCCCGGGUGUCACUUCGGGCGUAGACUUGGAUUCCGAUCAGCUCGCCUCUUUGGCAUCGCAUCCGAACAUAGUGGCUACCAAGCUGACCUGCGGUAAUGUCGGAAAACUUACCCGUCUGACGUCCAAAUUCGAGCCGCCGUAUUUCGGCGUCUACGGCGGCAGCAGCGACUAUCUCCUGCCGACGCUGCAUUCCGGCGGCAACGGGUGCGUGACUGGGCUGGGCAACUGCUUCCCCAAGUCCACGGCCAAGAUCUACGACUACUGGGCCGCGGGCAAACUCAACGAGGCGCGUGAGCUGCAGGAUCUGGUGGCCAACGCCGAGUGGGCCUGCAAGAAGUCGCUGUCGUGUACGAAAUACGGCGCGUGGUGGUACGUGGGUCGGCAGAUAGGAUUGAACGACGAGAAGAUGUUCAAGAUGCGAAAGCCGUACGUCGAGCUGAAGGAUGACCUGAAGAAGUGGAGUAUCGAGACGAUGAAGGUGCUGGAGGAUAUGGAGAAGAGUCUGCCUGGACGGAAAGGGGCCGCGGCGGUGAACGGUACCUCAUAA